AUCACAAACUCUUUUCUGACCACUUAUAAAAGAUGAUAGAAUUUGCAGAAAACUAUAUCAGCCAAAAGCUCAUCACAUAAGGAAUUAACUCAGCUUCUGAAAAUACCUUCCUUUCUUGUAUCCAGUUUUAACACCAGCAGCAGCAGGAUGUCAAAUAUUUCAUCAAAUUCUCUCCCAGCUGUUGAUGACAGUAAAUCCUCCCUGGCUUUUCUCGCUCCUCUUGAAGCAAUUCUGUUUGAUAUCGAUGGAACAUUGUGUGAUUCAGAUCCCCUCCAUUAUCACGCUUUCCGCGAAAUGCUUCAAGAAGUAGGCUAUAAUGGAGGGGUUCCUAUCUCUGAGGAAUUCUACAGUGAACAUAUUAGUGGAAAGAAUAAUGAGUAUCUUUGCGGUACCAUCUUUCCCGAUUGGGAAAUCAAAAGAGCAAGAAAAUUCUUGGAAGAUAAGGAAGCCUUUUUCCGAAGAUUGGCAUCUGAAGAAUUGGAACCUGUCAAGGGCCUUGACAAGUUGUGCAAAUGGAUUGAAAAGCAAGGCUUGAGACGGGCUGCAGUGACAAAUUCUCCACGAGCAAGUGGGGAGCUAAUGAUAUCAUCAUUAGGGCUCACAGACUUCUUUGAAAUUCUUGUUAUUGGAAAUGAAUGUGAUCGAGCAAAACCAUUUCCAGACCCUUAUUUGAGGGCUCUUGAAACACUUAAAGUGUCACAUGAGCAUACUUUUAUCUUUGAGGAUUCCGUUUCAGGAACAACAGCUGGAGUGGCAGCUGGAAUGCCAGUUGUUGGUAUAGCUACAAGGAAUCCUGGGACGUCAUUGAUUAACGCUGGAGUCUCCUUUGUUAUUAAAGAUUUUGAGGACCCGAAAUUGUGGGAAGCACUGGAAAAGUUGGAGAAGAAGCCAGAGGCAACGGCAGAGGCAAUAACAGUUGCAAUUGCAACUCCAACUCCCAGUAAUAUAUAACCUUAUAUAUUGUGAUUCUGUUCUGGUACGCUAUUCAGGCAUUCGAACAUCUCAAUCUUGUUGUAUACGAGUAAAAGAUUAUUAGCAAGCACAGUUGUCAAAUGACUCUUCUUUUGACGACUCGUGAAUAAAAGCAACGUGAUAGUAUUUCUUCUUUUUUUCA